AUGCGUCAACAUGAAUAUCAACGACUCGCCACGGAGGGGUCUUUGAACAACGACAACCUUCCGUUAAAUCCACCGGAAUAUGUUGAAUCUGGCGACAGACGAGGUUAUGACUACCCUCACGAAUCAUCUUCCUCAGCAUUUCCCAUAGAACAAUUUGAAAUUGAGGAUCCGCCACUAGAUGAACCAAGCGGUUUAUUCAAUAGAGCACAAGCGUUUUCUAAGAAAUUUGCCAACAACGUCAACACACGUCUAAUACGUCCUGUUAGCAGGAUGAUCGAUCCUAUAUACGAGGGAUAUAAGUUUUUGCAUAUGCAGUAUGAGAGACUGAUUUUGAAAGUAGGGAACCCCUUAGUGGUCAAGAGACUCUUGUAUGUUUUUAUAAUGAUGCUUCUAAUAUUUGGAAUAUCCAAGUAUACUGCAAACACUUCAAUCACAGGUGCAAAUUUAGGAGCAUUCUCCAGAGGGAAAUUUUAUGAUACUGAUAAACUAGCGGAUUCGGCCCGUCAAUUUAUCGAUCCAAAAUCAAUGAAGGAAAACCUUGAAUAUUUUUCAUCCAUGCCCCAUAUCACUGGGUCGAAAGGUGAUUUAGCAUUUGCCAGAUAUAUUGAAAAGUAUAUGAAGAAUAACGGACUACAUAAUGUUUAUCUUAAUGAGUUUCAAUCGUUUACAAAUUACCCCAAUACUGACGGCACAUUUCUUAAACUAGCUGAUGGGUCAUUUGAAGCAAAGCUAAAUGAAAAGCAUAGCCAGGAGAUGCAAUUUCUCGCAUACAAUCCAAAUGCAUUAAAUACAGUUGAUAUUGUUGAAGGGGAGUACCUUUAUGUAAACUACGGCCGGUCCGAAGAUUUCAAGCAGCUACAAGAUAAUGGAAUAGAUACGAGUGGUAAAAUAUUGCUAAUUAAGUAUGGUGGAAAUGUACCUGAAGGAAAUAAGGUUCAUUUGGCGGAGAAAAAUGGUGCUAAAGCUGUUGUUUUCAUUACAUCAAAGUAUAAAUUGGCCGAUGAUACUGAAAUAGAUGAUGUUAUACAAAGGGAGAAUGUGGGGUUGAUGAGAAUGUCACCUGGAGAUAUUCUUACCCCUGGUUGGUCGUCAGAAGGUGGGUUUGUAACACGACUUUCAUGGGAUAAAUCGGAGACGACUCCAAGAGUACCAACUAUUCCAGUAUCGUGGAGAGAUGGUGAGACCUUGAUUAAAAAAUUGAACAAUGGGUACUCAUAUGAUGAUUUUAGCAGUGGGGAUGGCUCAUCACCUGUAUUACAAAUGAAAAUAUCCAACACCAAUCGCCCUGUUCAUCCGUUUUGGAACGUUGUUGGUUCAAUAGAAGGAAGAGAACAACCCGAAAAGGGAAUAAUAGUUGGUUCUGUACGAGACUCUGCAUGUUAUGGAACUAUGGGUAGUAAUACAGGAACAGUUGGAUUUCUUGAACUUGUCAAGAUACUCACUUCAUUACAGAGAAAGUAUCAGUGGGUUCCUUCAAGAUCAAUCUAUUUUGUGUCAUUUGAUGCUACUGAGUACAACUUGGCCGGAGCUACUGAAUGGAUUGAGAAUAGGAAAGAGGCAUUGAGAAAAGAAGGGUAUUUGUACAUUGAUAUGAGCGAUUUGGUAAGUGGUGAUGAACUUCAAAUCAAAGCACAUCCGUUUUUGAAGGAGAGCUUACGACAUGCUUUAGAUAAAGUGAAACCUGAUGAAGGGGGCAAGAGUUUGCUCAAGCUUUUCUCAGAACAAAAGAAAUCAAUUGGGAAUGAUUUCUUGGAAGAAAAGAAUUACGUUCCAUUUAUCAACUUGGUCAAUAUCCCAUCCUUGGAGGUUAAAUUUAAAGGUAAAACUUACCCCAAAGGAUCAUGUUAUGACACGUUUGAGAAUUUCGAGAAUUGGGACAUUGAUAAAUCCAUGUCGAAACAUGUACAAUUGGUUGAGCUUUUAUCUAGAGUGAUUAUUGAUUUCGCAGAAAGUCCAUUCAUUCCUUAUAACUUUCUCGACUUGUCCAAGCUGUUGCUGGAAUACAUUCUAGAUUUACAACGAUUUGCUGAUUCUACACCCAAGGACAUGAAUGUAAAACCAAUAUUGCAUUACAAAAAUUUGAACCUGGCAAUAGAUGCAUUGAAAAGAGUUAGUCUUAAAUUUGUAAGUUGGCAUACUGAUUGGAAGUCAGUGAUUACGGCAAGUGGAGGUGCAGAACCACCAAUAUUAGCAAUGGAACGAUGGGCAUGGAAUGAUAAUAUGGUUAAAUUCAAUGAAGAAUUUAUUAGACGUGAUGCUCAACCGAAACGAUCAGGUUAUGUAAAUGCAUUAUUUGGUAUUCCUUUUCUGGCACCAGAAACUGGGAAUGAUUUCCAAUGGAAUUCGUUUCCUCAAAUUCGGUCAGAAAUUAUGGAUCAUAAUUUUAGUCAAGCUCAAGAUCAAAUUGAUCGGUUGGCAAAAAUGAUUGAACAAGCAGCUGAAGAUUUUAUAAAUUUAGGAUAA